UUCAUUGGAAAGUACACGAGAUCGUCUUGGAAUUCCGGAAUGUGCAACACAUGGUCUGUUAAGGCCGUAUUAUGUCCUACUAGAACACACUGGCCAAGCGGUCGUUGCGCAAUUUAAAUUCACAGCUCUUGUUACGUCAAGCGGAAAUGCUACGCGUAUUACAUCAUCACCUCAAUUACCAUACGUUUCUUCUGAGUUGUCUAUACCACCAGAAUCGGACAUUGCAAAGUUGUUAGCUUGUGAAGUUAAAUCA